AUGGACGUCGUGAAGAGAAUGGUAGCUGACAGGCCUCUGGUGAUCUUCAGCAAGAGCUCUUGCUGCAUGUCCCACAGUAUUAAGUCACUGAUAAGCAGUUUUGGGGCAAACCCAACUGUUUAUGAGCUAGAUGAACUUCCAAAUGGACAGCAAAUAGAAAGAGCACUCAUGGCUUCAGGAAGUAAGCCAACUGUACCCGUAGUGUAUAUUGGGGAGAAAUUGGUUGGUGGUGCUAGUGAGGUCAUGAGCCUUCAUGUCCAGGGCAAACUAGCUCCAUUGCUCAUGGCAGCUAGAGCCAUAUGGGUGUGGCCGAAUAAUUAA